AAUCCAUAAAGGCAAAUUAAGACUAUUAAAAUGACUAUUUUCACAAUUGUCCCUGUUCCCUGCAAAAAAAAAAAAAAAAAAAAAAACAAAACAAAAUAAAACAAGUGUCCCUGUUUUUCCAAUCCCAAAACCCCGACUGCAUCAGCCAGACAUAAACAGCGACGACGACGAAGACGAUCGCUGAUUAUUUGUAAUUGAAGAGAGACAAAGUUUAGCAGAGAUGAAGCGGCGAGCUAUUUAUAUCUCAAGAACUACGGCGGCGAUGCUGGUGCUUCUGGCGGCGGCGGCGGUUGCUGGUGUGGAGCGCGAAAAUAAGACGACGUCGCUAGGGGCACUUUGGUCCAGCGCGAAAGAGGACGGAGAUGAUUUUGGCGGCCCUACUACUACUGUCCAGGAGGAGGAGGAACGCCAUUUGGAUGGCGGAUUCUCUACCCUUGAGGGAAUGUUACAGUGGUCUAUUGGCCAUUCAGAUCCAAAGAAGUUGAAGGAAGCUGCAUUAGACGUCGAGCGGCUUUCUUCUCAAGAUUUAAUGCAACGCCAGGUGGAAAUAAAGGAAUUGAUGGAGAAAUUAAAGACGCCAUCAGAUGCAGAGUUGAUGAAAAUUGCAAUAAAUGAUUUAAACAACUUGUCUCUAUCAUUGGAGGACCGCCACCGUGCGCUUCAAGAACUCCUGAUACUUGUUGAGCCAAUAGACAAUGCAAAUGAUUUGCACAAAUUAGGGGGACUCACAGCAGUCAUAAAGAACCUCAACAAUUCAAACCCAGAAAUAAGAACUAUUUCUGCAUGGAUUCUUGGGAAAGCCAGCCAAAAUAAUCCCUUUGUUCAGAACCAGAUCUUGGAGCUUGGAGCACUGGCAAAGUUAAUGGAGAUGGCCCACUCAGAAUUCAUUGAAGAGGCCAUAAAAGCAUUAUAUGCUAUUUCAGCCUUGAUCAGAAAUAAUUUUCAGGGGCAACAGUUAUUUUACAAGGAAGCUGGAGAUUUGAUGCUUCAGAAAAUACUGAGCAACUCUAGCAUUGAUAUCAGAUUACAGCGAAAGUCAGUUUUUCUCUUGGCUGAUCUCGUUGACUGUCAAUUGCAAAGCAGAAGUGAUGUGCAACUGCCUUUUUCCAGUAAUCAUAUUUUGUUAAAAUCUGUGGUCGAUCUAACGGCAUCAGCAGACCUUGAUCUUCAGGAAAAGGCCCUAUAUGCAGUGAAGAGUUUGUUGAUGCUAAGAUCUACUGAUGCUCUUGUCUUCAAAGACAUAUGUGAACUGGAUUUGGCAUUGGAGAGAAUGAAACAACAAUUGCAGCAACUGAUUCUUGAUGAUAAAUUGAAGGAGUAUGCUCUGGAUAUAGAAAAUCUUCGAAAAGAAGUUGAGAUCAUUUUCCUUGGAAAGCUUGAAAAGGCUAAGCCAGCUUCUACACAACAAAUGGGCUUGCUGAUGCUUCAGUAGCUGCAGACGUUGGAUAAAGUUAGACUUGCCUUGAACUCAUUCCCUUGUUAGACUAACCGUUGUGGCUUUCUUCACAAGGUGCUAUUGGCCUUUCUGCACUUUCCUUCAAUUUUUAUGAAAAAAAGGAAGUAGCAAGUCGUGUUGGAGGCUUUCUGAGAUAUUUAGAUCUCAUAUAGUAAAAAUUAUUGUGUUAUACAACAGUAAAUUGCCCUGUAGCAUAAACUCAAUCAUGGCACUUCUUCACUCCCCUUGCGAUGUUAGUUGGGUUAUACUCCCUUAAAAAUCCUAAAAAACAUUGUGGUUUCUGUUUUGUACAUUGAUAUAGCAUAAAUAGUUAUAUGA